AAUCAGUCUAUCUACCGUGCCUGAAGUGGCAUGUUUGCCUGAGCUUGUGAAAUAUUCCUAUAGGAUUCAGCAGUUGGUGAGAAAGGUAAUAAAAAUAAACGCUUUUCAUAAUUAUUUUGUCGAGAAGGGUCGUGUUACUCCAUAACAUGCCAGUAAAAAUUAAUUUUUUUUCACAAUUGGGUUUUAAAUUAGCGAGAUGCGUAUAUCUUUGUAACAGAACUCAAUUUGUAAUUUAGAGUUGUUCCCCUUACAUUGGGAUAAUAUGAAUGUUUUGUGGUCAAGCCAAUGGGAAGUUAAUGGUUAAUACCGGUAUUAAUAAUGGCUAUGAUGAUAUAAUUGGAUAAGAAUGCUGUGAAAGGAUAAUGUAAUAGGUACAGUAAUGGUUAAAUAACAACUGGUAUUUUCAGUGUACAUUUCUACUACCUAUUCUUGUAAGACUUGGUGUUCAUGUUUUAAUGGUGGCCAAGGCUAUUUAUUGUUGUGUACCGGUGCCAGUACAUUAAGUUUUUAUUAAAACAUUUUUUUCUCUAAAUUGGAAAUAUUUUUUUUUUAAAUAAAAAAAUAGUCUUUUCACCCUAUUAUUUAUAGGUAUGUUAAUAUCCGCUUUAUCUACAUUGUGGGAAGGCAUCUACAUUGUGGGAAGGCAUCUACAUUGUGGGAAGGCAAGAUAAUAUCCAUCCUUAAUCAUAUUAUUAUUGUCCAUUGCAUGUCAAGAUGACCCAAGGCUGUAUUCGUCUUGAGUAUUAGACUUGAUUUGUGCUGUAUUUUUUUUUUAAGUGAGGGAAAGUUGCGCAAUUCAUCAGCCUUACCCUCUCGCCAUUCCUAUUUUGAUCCAAUGGCAAGACUUGGUCAAGAGGAUUUGGAGAUUAUGCUAGGAUGCAGUGGAUGAUCAGCAGUGUUUCUAGACUAAUUAAAUUUAACAUUCUUGGACCUGGCAUGUAUGACAAGAGAUGGAAUUAUUAAUUAACUUAAUUAAAGCGAGUAUAGUAUGGUAAAAUAUUUGAGUCUGCUUGUAUGUGUAUGGUGAAUGAAUAGAGGACUUCUAUGAAAACAAUUAAAAUUAAUGAGAUCUUCAAAUUUCAUCUCAAGGGAGUAUUACAAAAUUUUUAAGAAUUCCAUGUACGACACUACACACAAAAAAUUACAAGUAUUAUUAACAAUUAAAGCCCAGGUUGCUGCAAAUGACGCUGCUGCAAUUAAGAAACAUACAUAAUUUUAUCCAAAAUUUAAUCUGUACCUGGUAGAACAAAAUUUAAAAUAAUAAAAAUAAAAGAGCCCAUUACUGCCAUCAGUAAAUAUGCACACCAUUACCAUACCUGAAACAAAAUCUUACGAUCCUAAAAGUAGAGGUAUGCCCUUACCAUUACUGGAUAUUGUUAGAUUUACAUUUUCUGGUGCUAUGUAACAUAUCCACAAAAUAUGGUGCUGUACCGGGGAUGUUUAGACAAUGCAGGUAAAUUUGUCGCUAUUUGCACAACUUUUUUUUUUUACUGUACAAUUACAAUUGAAUACCGACUAUGCUACCGGUAAUAUAUUUUUUUUAAUGUUGCAAAAAAAAAAAGUCCCGGUAACGGUGACUUUACUCUUUCACUCUUUAUCUAGGCACAAAAUAUGGUGCUGUACCGGGGAUGUUUAUACAAUGCAGGUAAAUUUUUCGCUAUUUGCACAACUUUUUUUUUUUAAUGUACAAUUACAAUUGAAUACCGACUAUGCUACCGGUAAUAUAUUUUUUUUAAUGUUGCAAAAAAAAAAAGUCCCGGUAAAGGUGACUUUACUCUUUGACUCUUUAUCUAGGCAUAAUGAUGCUAAAACUAAAAAGUAAAUCUGAGCUUACCCACCCACCAGUUAUCUCAUCCGCAAAGCAAGCGCGGUUAUCCAUAAUUUGAAAGUGUUGACUGACCCGCAGUAUGAUUAUCAUCAGGGAGCUCGCUCACAUCCAUACCCACCCUUUUCCGGCGGUUAACCAGGUGAACACUGCAGGAGAAAUUCUUAAAAUGUCACAUGUGUAAAUGAACAUGAAUAACCUCUACAACUUAAUACUACACUGUCCACGUUACAAACCAUUCCCAAGUUUUCCAAGCAAAACGCAAAUGUUACCGGUACGGUACCUUAUAUAUAUUAUAUUAGUACCGGGGUACUGAUAUUAUAAGUUAAAUACCGGUAGGACUACUUAUAAUAUACCGUAAGUAUAAUAACUUAUUAUUAUAAGUACAGUAUAUAAGGUACCGUACUGUACCAGUAAUAAGUUGUUUUUUUUUGUUUUUUUUUUUAAUGAAUUAUUAUUUUAGUUGCCAAACAUCCCACACCCAUUUUUUUCUGGAUAUACCUUACGGUGAAACAUAACAAAUACCGGUACCAGUGUAAGUUAGCAGUAGUAGAUAAUAGGUUAAUAAUAAUUGUGAUGUUCACUUGUAUUUCUUCGAGCUACCGGUACCGGGUACUUCAUAUUUACUUUUAACUUUCAAUAUUUUAAUUACCGGUACCUGAAUAUUUUUAAAUCACUACCGGUACAUUACAUUUAUUACGUUGUCCUUCUUUGUCUUACUACUCUUAGCGACUUUUUAUUUUUCUUCUAAUAAAAAUUAAAACUGACUGAUAUGCUAAUAUUGCUAAUGACUGUUCUUUUGUAACUACAUUCACUCUUACGGUACUCCUAUAUACCGUUAUAAAAUGUAAGUCUUGUCGCAUCUUCAGUGGAAAUAUGUUAGUUAGCAGUACCGGUAGUACACAUAUUAAUAUGUUUGUACAUCUGGGUAGCCCUGUAGCGUUCUGAUUCCAAAUUAAACAAAGCAAAAAACGGUUCCAGUACCAGAUGUAACGGUGUGAUCGGUGAUGCGAAGUACUUAUUAAUCUUAUGUAUUGAGGAUGAUGAAUUGUUAGUACUGUUACUGUUUCGCCUUUUUAAAAAAAAAAUAGAAAAGAUUAAGUUUAGUUGUUUUUUAAGUGUUUGUGUGGGAAUUGUGCAUGUGAAUGGUGCAGAGUUCACUGGUUAAGGUACCGGUAGUGAGACUAUGUUUGAUUGGCUUUACACCAACUGCACUGGUAUUUGAUACCAGUUUGAGAUGGCUAGUAAAUUCAAAACUCAAAGUAGCACCGUACAGAGAAAUAAAGUUGACAUAUUACUUCCAUUUCCAUCGACAUCUUUCCGGAGUAGGCCUACUACUACUACUUUUUCAGCUUGUUCCAUAAUCGUACCGUACCAAACUAUUAACGUAUUGUACCGGUACACAAAGUAAUAAAUAACCCGCACGCAUUUAAAUACCUUCUCCGGUACGGUACCGUGAAACGAGGUGACUUUGCCUACUUUUGGGCUUUAGGCAUACAUUUAAACAUGUUAACUGAUGUAAAAACUAACACAAAGGUGCUAAUGUACAGAGUGAGUACCGGUACCUGCACUUUGUUGUUAUAGCUGAAUUAAGUCGUAGUUUGAUCAGGUUAAGUUGAUGAUUAAGGUUUUUUGAGAUUUUUCAAAUAAAGAAAAAUGGGGUGACUUUGCCCUGUGAAAGUGAAAGACGGCACAAUGCAUGUAGAAUUUAUAAAACCAAGCAAUUAAGUCAUUUUCUUUUCUGUAUGAUAGUUACUGUUUGAUUAUAAUAUUUUAUUGUUAUGAAAGGUUGGAAGAAAAUACCAGUUUACAUACAAAAUUAUUCUCGGUGAUCUAUUCUUUCGAGGCAAACCUUCGUCAUCGGUUUUUGCAUUUACUCCAUCUAAUGAAAUCUUUAGUUUGUGAAUUUGUCACAUUACUGUAAUUGUAAUUAAAAUGUCUUUCCUGUUACCGUAUCUCAGUUUAUAUCUUUGGCACAUAACAUCCUCAUCUUGUUAUACAAAAUCCAUUCACCAAGUCAUCUCGGAGAUUGUUAUCCUGGAUUCGUUCCACCGCAAUUUCGUCGUCAUCAAGAUUUGUCCAAAAUAAAAAAUUUAGGCCAAAACUGUCCACUUUUUCUAGUUGAGGCAUUCCAAAAUCUGAUGAUGUCUCUUUAGGUGCUUUACUAAGUUUACUUUAAUUCUUCUGACAAAGAGUUUGUCCUCCAGUUGUUUUCUUGUGGCCACAGUAACUGUAACAUUUACAAAGUUCAAAGAGUUAUUAAAUCAAUGUUGUGGUUCACUUUUAGAUGACUUCUAUAGGCCUGGUAGAAGAUUAUCUUUUACAAUUCAUCCUUAUCAUUGAGCUGAGUGUCUUCAAUAUAGCCUCAAUAGCUUCUGUUAUUAGUGAUAAUUAAUAGGAGUUAAGUCUUGUUAUGUCAUGGCAUUAUGAUCCGGAAAAACAAGAACAAAUAGAGAAAUCAAUAAAAAAAAUCAACGUGAAAUCAAUUUAAAAAAUCAACGUAUCAGUCCGUGGGGUGACUUUGCCCCAUGCUGUGAAAGAAAAGCAAUAACGAUUUAUUAAACUUUAACUUAACUAACAAAAUAAUGAAUCUUUGACAUUUUUACUAAUUAAAUGCAUUGGGAAAUUAAUUAUAAUACCUGUACCUUAAAAUGAACGUUUAAACUCACCUAAAUCAGCAAAAUAUCGGUGUCCAGAGACUAAGAGCUCAGUCAGUCAAAUCUUAAGGUUUGGCAUGGUAAUGUAAUCGAAACAACAUACCGGGUACGGUAAUCAUAAAGCAACAUGUCUUGCUUUCAUAUAAAGUUAAAGAAUUAGGGGAAAGAACUCAAGAAAAUCAUGAAAAACAACUUUCUCAAUAUAAGUUUUUAAUAGGCAAAGUCACUCAUUGAGGCAAAGUUACCCCUUAUAAGUACAGUACCGGUACCGUAAAAGUUAAGUAAAUUUAUUUGUUAAAAACACAUUGGAAUUGAAGGCUUACUUACCACGCACGUGUGUAGCAUUUAGUUUUAGUUUUUCAUUGGAUUUUUUUGUAAGGAUGUACUAUGUACAGUAUUGAACAUGUUGAUCUAGAAGUAGAAGACAUUUGAUAAUGGUAUACCGUACCGUAACUUGGUUGCCCUCUCUGUAAAAACAGACCGGUAUAUUAGUAUCAGAAUUAGAGCCACCGCUGUUCACAUGUUGCUCCAUCUUUGAGUCUAGCUACAGUCAUCUAUAUAAUUUUAUAAUGUCAAACGGUUCCAGGGAUUCAGAUCGUCAAUGUCCAAAGUUUGUUCUGUUCGGGAAAAUAUAUACCGGUAUACUCUCAAAACAACUUACACAAAGCAAGAACGCAUCGUCCAGCAAGAGAUUGGCCCAAACAGCUGGUAAAACGAGAGAUCGGCCAUACGAGAUUUUAGGCCUACGACUACUACGAGCGAGAGAUGGGCCCUGCUCUUUGACUCUUUGUUACAGUUUGUCUACGCCAGUCGUGGAUAAUUGCUGCCGCUCAGUUUGUCUACGCCAGCCGUGGAUAAUUGCUGCCGCUACGUUCUCCGAGGUCUCCCCAUUCCGCGCUACUGGUACUGAAACAAAGCGCUGGAUCUGACACUGACAGAAAGGUGAUAAAGUGAGCGAUGGCCUGUUUGAAGGUGUUCUGAUUGUGACAGCAUUCUUACGAUCGCCUCAAUUAGCGACGGUGAUAUCUACAGACACACACACACACACGCAAGCGAAAACAUUUUAAUAUUUUUUAAAUAUUUUUUUAUCGUGUUGUGGUUAGUAGUCAAACCUUUUGCCUGAAGUCAGGUUGGAAAAAUCAUCUUCGCCUUUCCACUCAAAAACCCGCGUGGAGGAAAAUCUUGGACAUGUUUAAAUUAAAGGUGUGUCGUGAAUCGUACAUUUUUCAACGCAAGAGUGCACACCCCUUGUUUACGGGUAAUGUCAUUUCACGAAGACAGUCAAGCAGUGUCGGAGUCGAAAGAAAAGUGUCCACCGGUACUCUAUACCGGUACAAAUAAUACCGGGUGCAAUGUACCGGUACCAUUAGUGCAUAACGUACCAAAUCGACAGUCCUGAUGUUAAACAAGAGAAACGAGGGGUCAAAGACUAAAUCAUUUUACCGUACCGGUAAUCAUUUUUUUAAAAGGGGGGGGGGGAGCUAUUGCUUCCAAGUCCAUGGAAGAAUUAAAAGUCGGACAGAAGGUAGGUAGUGAAACAAAUGUUUGCAUGGUUACCAUUACCCGGUACGGUACAUUCUGUUUUGAAUACAUUGACUGAAUAUUAUCCAUAUCACACUAGUAAUCUAUACCGGUAUAGAUUAGGACAAGUGGACUACAUUGAUUUCAUGUGUCCACAACUGUUUCCUGAAAUUUGGUCGAUUCUUUUUUUUUUCAGUGCUCACGUUAAAAUGUUUGUCAUAUUUCUUUUUGAACGCACUAUACAGUACCCGGUGCCGGUAUACUAUAGCCGGUACUAUAUAAAAUUAUUACCGGUAUAUAGUAAAACAAAAUAAUGCGUUCAAGUUCAAGAAGAAAUUUGACGCAAAAUUUUAAUGUGUGAACUGAACAAAAGAUUCGAUCAAAUUUUCCGUCGACGCAAUUUCUUUCGAUCAAAUUUCCGGAUACCGGUACGGUCCACAAUACCCCCAUGCCCCUACCCACCCCCAUCCAAAAAAACACAAAAAAACAACUCGAUUUUAAUAUACCUUUUUAUUAGGCUACGGUAAUAGUACUAAUAGUAAUAGUAAUACUACACUACGGUACCGAAAUUGUAGGUGUACCGGUAGUAAGAACUUUCCUCAUCUAUCCAAUGAUGAAUUGUACUUGUGUUGUAGUUGUACUACUGUUUAUCACUGUACACUGCAUGUACGGGACCAUCACUCAAAUACUCAAAUGAAUUGUUGGUAGCCCUACCGGUUACAGUUACAGGGAGAUUCUACAAAACGGAAUAUUUAAUAGUACCCGGUACUUGAAGUUGAAGAUCUGCCUUGUUGUCAUUGAACUUGAGGUACCAUAUCGGUACCGCAUUCAAAAUCUGCCGGACCAUACCGGUAUUAGAAAUGUACGGGAGGAGCUACCCCGUACGGUACUACCGGUACCGCAUUUGCCAAUAGCAAAACUGGCUUAACUAUAGCAAGCAGUUGUUUCAAUAGUGAUGCCGUACUCUGCGUCUAAGUACCCGGCACUUUAUUAUUUAUUCCGUGUUUUUUUUUUUUUUAAUAUUAUUAGUAGUACGGUAGUAAUAUUAGGAUUUGGGGGUUAGGGGGCUGCCACUGGGGUGGAAUCGUCUCAAAGAGAAAUAAAUUAACCGGUAGCAUUUUAAUUUUAUUAAUAGUAAUAUGCCUACUAUACCGGUAUAUGUUAAUAUUAUAUACAGUAUAAUAAUACAGUGCGAUUAUAACGGUAGCGGUACUUGAUAAAACACAAGCACAUUCUUCAGAUUGGCUACCGGUACUUGACACACCUGUUGAGAGUAUCGGUACAGGGAUUUUCGUCCUACAAUCUACAGUGUGAACUAGACUUUAAGUGAGAGUUACAGAAAAUGAAUUCCAAAAUUGUGACGGUACGGUACCACUAUGAUGAUUAUUAUUAAAAGUAAAACUAAAAAAACAAAAUACUUAACACUAAAAUGACAUUGACAUACGAUAUGGUACGGUACCUGUACCGGUACCUAAUAAUUUAAUAUCUGUACCGGUAUCUUUGAAAGAGUAUCUGCAUGAAGUACUGUAAAUUACCCUGUACUGGUAUACAAUUACUUAAGUAUUUACCGUACAGUACCGUACUUACCAGGGUACCGGUACUGAAAGAGUGAAAGUCGACAUAAAGAAAUUCGUACCGAGUUCCGGUAUCGUACUACAUCUACUGCCAGACAUUUCCAAUCUUAGUGCCGGGUAAAAACAAGUUACAGGUACCGAAUAUUUCAAGCCUCGACGGACUCUAGAUUUGUGACAUCGCAUUUUUCCUGGAUGAUGGAUACCGGUAGUAAAGUACCGGGGUACCGGUACAUAGAAAUGAAAAAGCAAAAAAAAAAAGGUAUUCAUUACCUACACAGUACCGUCAAACGGGGUGACUUUGCCUACUUUUUGCCUUUAAACAUAAAUUUCAACAUGUAAACUGAUCUAAAAACUAACACAAAGGGGCUCGGAAACCUCUACUCAUUUCGCAAAUUACUACCGUACUUACUAUAUACAGUACUACCGGUACCACUUACGGAUUACCGGUACCGUACUUAAACUUUAUAGUUACCGGUACCGGUAAAUAUAAUUCACCAUUUGAAAAUCGAUACCCGGUACCAGUUGUGAGUUACACGGUACCGGUAGCGCAUUUGCCAAAGCCAAGCUUCCCGUGGAGAGUUCAUGAUCAUGUAAAUUGAUUUCAUCAUUUUGUAACACGGCACUCUUUUUUUCUACCCGCGACCAUCAAUUAAUGACAACCCGAUCUUGGCCUUUUUCUAUCUACACCCCCAUAAUACCUGUAAAUCACAUAUUCGCCCCCUCCCCCUAUAGGUACCAGUACAUGACAUCAUUUAUUUAUAGAUGGAUCCUAAUGUAUGGGCAACUGAUAUAAUAUAACGGUACCGGUACGCAAAAAUAGUUUUCCUUACUACUGUUGCUCAUAUUUGAAUUUCCCUCUGCGUACCGGUACGAAUCGAUAAUGCUCCCCCCAAAUGAUCCUACAUACCGGUACUUAGUAUGGUGCCAUUAUAAUCAUAUUUAUAAAUUGACAAUCCUUGCUUCUGUCCAAUAAAAAUAAUUGUGCCGGCCCACAAUACUCGCGUUACGGUACCGGUAACCUACCAAUUACAAAGCGUAAAAAUAACAUGCCCCUUCUUACGCCAAUGCACCACUGGCGCCAAGACAAGGCGAUACCGUACCGUAUUAGUAUUAGUGUUAGAACCUAGAUCGGGGUUCGCCAACCGAACUAGCUUCAUUUCAUGAACCACAAUGAUCGGGAGUCAACUCUUUGCGGGUCGCGCCAUUAAAUCUAAUAAAAAUACAUCGGUAUAAAAGAUACCUGUGCGGGUAGCCUACGGUACCAAAUAAAUUACCACUAUUAUUAUCAAACAUGAUUACCGGUACCGGAAACUGGCAUGUUAAAGUACCGGUACAUAAUUCUCAUUUAAAUUUAAGACAUUGUUACGUACCGGUACUGUUAAUAAUGUUAUUGCUCGUUCUAAAACUGUACACAAGAAGAGACGAUAGGUAUCAUAAAUUAAAUACAAUACGGUAAUUAUAAUAAAGAAAACUACGAUACCGGUACCCAAAUUAGGGCUAAUUACAAUACAUAAUUUUAUUAAGUUGAUUAAGUUAAUAAUAAAUUAGGCCUACAUUACAACAAUCUAAAAUAAAAUUAAAGCUACCGGUAUUGAAUUACAGUAUAAAAUAAUGAUUGGCUUGUACCGGUAUCGGUACAAUGUUGUUAAAGUUAAAGGUACAUGAUGAAAAAGGAAUCUACACUCACGGCAAAUGUUAAUUAGUACCGGUAAACAAAUCUCUGUCUCGUUUAACAAAUCUCUAUCGUAAUUUAUUCGUAAAGUACCGGUAAUAGUGAUACCGUAGCAAAAAUAUCUCUCCUCCUUCCUGUCGCUCAGUCUCUCUAAGCGUAUAUAUAUAGGUAUUCUAAAUGAGCCGGCGAAAAUUACGCUUCGGGGAGAAAAAUUUUUUUUUUUUGGUUGGGUCGCGCCAGCUCGCUACGCUAAAGCUCCUUUAUACAGGUGCGUUCAGUAACAACUGAUCUAGAAAGUAGAAAAGUAGUUCUUUAAUUAGGUAUUCUAAAUGAAAAUUUCAUAACGAAAUUAAAUAAAAUUGAACUAUUCCCCUAAAUAGAGCUUGACUUCAUCAGAACAGAACCACAAAUUUUAACUCUCUAUCUCCAACAAUAAAAAAGUUAUUAAUUUUUAAAAAAUCGGGAACAGGGUCAAUUUUUAGAAGCCAGGAAAGUGUAGUUUUGACACCCGCUAUCUCCUAAAAUAACUAAGUUAGAACUUUCAAAUCUCUUGCCCACACAACCAGUUAUACAUAUAACAAGCUCAAUUUUUUUUAGGGUUGUCACGAAAAUGUAAAUAUAUUUUUUAUUCAUCCAAAAACGAGCUGAAGCCCAAUUUUACAAAAUAUUAAAAUGGAGACAAAAAGUCGAUUUUAGUUCAUUUUUAAAAAAUCAUAAAAAAUCAAUUAGUUAAGUUAUUAUAAAUAUACAGGAGUCAAGUAAAAGGUAAUUUAAAGCACAACAAUGUGAAAUCAUCAGGUAAAGGUGAAAACAAGAAAAUAAUUUACAUAAAUUAUUUCAGCAAGGCAUGUACACAAAAAUUGAGAAUUUCAAACAUUUUUGAAAAUUCAUAAAAAAUUAACGAAGCAAGAUAUCUUUACGAAUGUUACACAGUAUUGUAGAACAUGUUAAUCUUUUCAAUAAUAAAGUAACAGACUUAGGUUUAGGAAACAAAAUUCUUCUCCACAUAUAUUUUAAAAAUGGGCAUUUUUGCACUGAAAAUUUAUACUUUCCAGCACCUUAAAAAAUGUUCGUAAUUAGAUAUACCCGGUAUAUAUAUCUAUAAAAGUUAUGGAAAAUCUGUAGGAAACAUUAUUAACUAUGAAUUAGUAAUGAAAAUCAAUUUUCUGCCUUUAUUAGCACGUCUGUAUGGAUUUAUUAGUCAGUUUAGAGACAUUUCCCUGCACUGGUUUAAUGAGACAUUUCUGUAAUCUGUUCUUGUACACCAACAACCUGGGAGAAGAAUAUUUUAUUUAAUUUGUACCGUAUUAAUUAAAUUGUAUUUAAUUUAUAUUAUUUAAUAGUAAUGGUUAUCAACUUAGCAUUUAUGAUCAUGUCAUUGCUAUCAAUAUAAUAACAAAAUGCAAAUAUAACUAAUGAUAUUACAAGCGGUAGUACUAACCUGUACUGUUGACUGUUGUCCAGUGUUAGUGUUGUUACACGGCAUGUUUUGGCAGUGGUCUGGGUCUUCUCGUUCUUUUGUAAUGGAAUGGUAUCUGUCUUAAGUUGUUUUCAGUUUCAACCACUGAAAUAUGAAAUGUUAAAAUUAAAACUCAAAAGUUUACAAGAUUUUAACUGCCUCCUAUUUGCCCUAAUUAAUAUGAAUACUGCAUACACGGUAUAUAAUUGAUAACGUUAGUAAAGUAAAGGAGUAAUUUUUUCAGUAAGGUUAAUUUUGGAAUUCGACAUUUACGAAAGGGGGUGAAAGACUAGGUAUCGGUAACUAAUUUUUAAAACUAGCUUUAUAACUUAGAGAAAUAAGAAUAAUUAACAUUGCAUCACUUUCUUAUGCCUCAUACCAUAUACAUUUAUUUAUAAAAUGGAUUAACAAUCGAAUUUCUAGUUUAAAAAUGAACUCCACUAAAAUUAAAGCAUCCCGUUCACCCUCGCAACAAUAAUGCUUCGACCCAACAUGAAUGCUUCGCUUGAAUCGGCUGAAUUAUCCGAGUUUAAUGAUUUACUGCAGUUUCCAAACAAAUUGCAUAGCUACAAAAUAAAUACCAUUAAAUAUUUAAACAUUUCAUUGAACUAAUUAUAUUUUCCUUUUCUUUCUCCGCUAUCUUAAAAUAAAUACAGAUGAUUUUAAAAUAAAGCUUGAUCGUCAUUUUUCACUAGGCGUAAGAAACACGCAUUAGUUAUCGAUAAGCCCACACUAAAUUAACAAAUGUAUGCAAUAAAAAGCUUUCUAUAUAAUUUAAACAUUCCCAAACUAAACAAUAAUGUUUAACUUACCUAUUUCAGUUUAAAACCCACGAAAAGGCACUAAAUUUAAGAAGAUCUUAGAUAAAAUUAGUCAUCGCCUUCUGGUUUCACAGAUCAGAGUUGGCCGUGGCGGGGUCGAUUUGCACUUUUUUUUAGCAGACGGCGUUGACUUGGUUCCAAACCUUUACGCGUUUACCCCAUAAAUGGGGCGUUCACAAAACUAUAACAGUUUUAUAGUAAAUUGGAUUACCUUUCUGAAUAUAUAUUUUUGAGAGCCGUAAAGUGAUUUUUUCACAUAGAAAACGCAAUUUUUGUGUUAAAAUCAACGUUAUUUAGCAUUAAUUUACAGUUUACAGCUCCGAAAAAUACAUCAUAUUAAAGUUAUAUAGCAUGUUCCAUGGACAUUUCUAGAACAGACUUACACAUUCGAUUCCUCUCCUGAUUAGUCUCGAUCUUUCUACUUGCGGUAAUUCUAAUACAGAUUUUAUUUAAUUCUAAACAUGAUCAAGGGAGACUAUUUUUACUUAGCCACACCCAAGCGAGCUGUUGAAACUUGGUGUCAUCUUAGGCUUAAAGUCUUAAGUUCAUUCACGGGGAAAGAUGACGUUAACGCGUUGUCUACAUAACAUCUAGCUUCUACUUCUACUACACAAAUGAACUGCAUGGAUUUAACCCUAUCCACCUCAACUGGUUAUAAUACACCUGGAGACAGACAGUGAUACUUCGAGUUUCCUUUUAAUAAUCUUUCUCAUACUCGACCUAAUCCACAAAAUACUUGCUGGAUGCCAUUACUGGUAUAUAAAUAAAGCAUGCAAAGGUGACUUAUUUUGGGGCUCUAAACUUGUUUCUACAGUCCGUAGCAACUGGUGUAACACACCCGUGCAUAAUUUAAUAGAAGAAAAAUGCUUCUACUUCUUGUGAUGAAUAUUUUUGUUUGGUUGUUGAUUAUUUGAGUCUGUGUACCGGUAAUCCAUAAAAAUAAAAAUAUAUUUUAAAUUUUGACAAUAAUUAAAUAUUCUGAAUGCAUUUGGCUACCGGUACCAACAAUUUAAAAAAACAUUUCAAAACAUAACAGUUACAAGUUAUGGAAAGUACUGGUAUUUGCUUUGCGGCUCAGCUUGCACUUGCACAUCUUUUUUACAUAAAAGAACAGAAUGGUCUUUGCAAAUAUGUCUAAUAACCUUGCUGGGUUGAAGUUUGGGAAGCUGUUUGUAAAGAUUUCAAAACACUGGCGAAGUUCUGCUUCACAAGUGACAAUAUCUUGAUGUGUCAGGACGGAUCGCCUCUACUUGCGGAAGGGUGAGGAAAUGUUCAAGGUCAAUAUUGACUGUCUGUUGUCUUCAUGAGAAAGUGAGUUAGUCGGAUACCGGGUAUUUAUACUAAUUUAUAGUUAAAUGGCACUCUUGUAAGUUGUUGCCAAGUCAAAAAUAUUAAAAAAACACAACAACCGGCCAUCUUUUACUUUUAGUUGUUUUUUUCUGUUUGUGUUCACAGAGAGCACCUUCACCUUUUGGUGAAUAUUCAUGUUGCUAUUAGUUAUAGAGCACAAUCUCUGGUUUCUUGCACUCAGUUUCACUUUCUAUUAAUGGACGAUUGUGUUUAGGAGCAAUAAUUUUUUUCUGAUUCGAGCUCUGAUUUGUAGAGGGGCAGAGCCUUUUUUUGCUUGAACCCCAUGGAUAGGAACAUCUCGUUUCGUUUCUCUGUUCUAGUUCUAGGGUUAGUCUGCUCUUGGCAAUUGGUCCUGCAAGUUGUCGGGAAAUGAAAUACCGGUAAUAGUAUGUUCUGAAAUUGCGGCCACUUCAACAAUGCAAGUCCAUUGUGAGAGAAAUGAUAGUCUCUGGGGAUAUUCUAACACUUAUUUUUGCUUGCAGGGCACUCGCAUUGCAUUUUCUUUGCCGAGAUACGGGCAACCUCUCAAAGGUUACUUCAAAGUUGAUUCACAAUCACAAACCCAGAAGAUUUAUAUUCCAUAUUUGUGGGCUUGCUUGGCAUAUAUUUUGAAUAAAUUUGCACCGACCUCUAAAACCAACCAGUUGCUCACCUACUGUGCUGUUCUCUCCAGGAAAAUAAUACCGGUACCUCGGCAAAUCAGAAGGAAUGCUUCUCAUACAUCUCUUAUUAUUGGAUCAAAGAUGUCACGAGCUAGAAAGGAUUGAUCUAGUUAGUAUCACAUUGUUGUGAAAACAAGUAUGAAUCAGAACUUUGGUGAAUCAUUGAAAAUGUGCCCUAAAAAUAUGAUUUCGAUCAACACGGCUGAAUAAAAAGUCUACUGAAAUGUUGUCGAGAUGAAGAUUGCCAGUGUCUAGUAGUCGUAGUAGGCAGCCAAUAAAAGAUUUCAUUUAGAUCGCAAUCAUGCCUUGGUCAUUUGUCUCCUCUUACUUUCUGACCUUUCAUUUUGGUGCAGUCAAAUAUUGUUUGUAUCAUUUUUUUUCAUUAAUGAUUAAUGUGUACAGAAGAAGUGCUUCAUUGUGAGAAACUGGGUGAUCCGUGAGGGGAGUUCGGUUUCAAAGCAACUAAAUCAUGCCACAUAGUAAAAAGCAAAUAACAAAGAGAAGCAGAGAUCAGUGGUCCCCAAAAUGGCGGUCCGUGGACCUUCACCGGUCUGGAUGCCUAACGCUGCCGGUCCCCAUAACAUAAAUAUUUAUUGUCAAAUAGAAAUAAAAGUAUAAAAAUAAAUCAUGCACCGGUCCCUGGUAAACAAGCGAAACUUGUUCACCGGUCCGCCAAACUUAAAAGUUUGGGAACCACUGAUCUAGAUGAUGAACUUCAGCUGCAGAAAAGUAGUGGCAAACUUCCUUAUGGCGUAACCCUUUGUUGUUGUUUUUUUUUUCAUUUAAUCAUGUUAUGCCGUGAAACGGGUGACUUUGCCUACUUUUGGCUUUUAAGCAUAAAUUUCCACAUGUUAACUGAUCUAAAAACUAUCACAAAGUUGCUGAUGUACAGAGUGGGUACCUGCACUUUAUUGUUAUAGCUGAAUUACCGUAAGUCACAGUUUGAUCAGGUUAUGUUGAUACCGUAAUUAAGUGUUUUUUUUGGGGGAGAUUUUUCAACCUAAGGAAAAAUGGGGUGACUUUGCUUCUCGUUCAGAAACUAUCUAAGGCCUCUUUGUCAAGAGUAAAGUCUUAAGUCUGCAGAUGCUGCUGAGUAAGAUGAACUUCCUCAAGUAGAUCAGCCCAAAGGUAAAGGUACUCGGUAACAGAGAAACGUGAAACAACAGACAGCAUGUAAAAGACCUUGUGCUGUAACUCUUGUAUACAAAUUUUCAAGAGGAUCACAUAGAGCCUCAAUCGCCACCACUCAUUCAUUAACCUUAGACUUACCUUUCACUUUCACUGUUUUGACAGCAACAUGAUGAGCACUCCAACCUGUUGUUGACAGACUUUUCACGGAUAUUCCAGUGUUUUCAUUUCAAUUUCGUUUAGUUACAUUACAUGUGCAGACCUGUUUACUCUUACGAUUUUGAGGUGUAUACAUGUUUAAUUUUUUUUUUACUAUUACUGUUAAGAUACCGGUAGUGUAUUGAACGAUUUUGUGAUAUUGUAUGAUUUUAAGAGUAGUUAGAGGGUAAACAGGUCUGCAUGUGUGGAAAGUUUACGUGUGAUGAUUGGUUAAUCCUCUUACUUUUAUGAAAUUCGUUUAGAAUAAGCAUUGCGUUCUCUGUACCCUACUGUGCACAUUUGUAAUUUUUCAGUUUGGUGUCACGCCCGAGAUUGUGUCCCCCGGUGCGGUCCGCACCCCCUAGCUACGCCACUGUUCUCCCCAGGACCUUCUUUACAGCAGCUGAGGCUCUGGGCACAGUAAUGCACUGAGGCCCCUAACCCUCUAUAUGACUGUAUGCUCAGGGCCGUGCGAAGGACGGGUGCUAGAGGGCCAAUAUCAGGGACGGAAAAAUGUCUUUAUAUAGGCCCUUAAUACUAAUAGUAAUAGUGAAUUAAAUUAUAAAAUUCCAUUUGCUUCACAUAAACGGGCGGCAAAAUCGUCUUCCUAUUGCGCCCUGGGGACCGCUUUUUCUACUGUUCAAGUUCAAGUAAUGUCAUGAAAAGCAUUAUGAACUAGGUAGACUAUGCAUUUUUACCAGUUUCUUUAUGGUAAUUUUUCCGUGGGGGAGUGGGGGUAGUUCAGGGGUUCUGAGUAGCAGUGCAUUUAUUAGCACCGAAAUUAGGAAUAUUGAUGCACAGGGUCAGCUCUGACUUCGUGGCCACCGCCGUACAUAACCAUAAGUUCAUUCUGGUAAUGAAGCCCCCUGAGGGUAUGCUUUUUUUUAAGUUUUAGAUCCAGCUUACUUUCGUCCCCUGGAGUCUUUAUACAUUUAUAGUCCAAUUACGUACAUAUACCAAACUAAAAGAGGUCCCCAAAAAAUAUAAUAUUUUAUUUGUCCUAUUAAGAAAGGUUCGGUGAAUGCGCAUGUGAAACUGAUGGGGUUCGGUAACUCCAAAAAGGUUAAGAACCACUGUCUUAGUCUAACAUACACAAAUUCUUACUACGGUUAUACUACUACUACUAUUAUUAUAACUUUUUUUCGAAUCAUGUCCGGGAGAAGUAAAACUUGCUGACGAGAGUUAUUCCCCUUUUUAAGAAGUACCGGGUAUCUAACUUGUGCUUCGCAUUUAUAUUAUAUUAAUUUUUAAUGUGCCGAUAUUGUCGGGGUUAAAAUUGGGAAACGUGCUGUCCGCUGACUUUUAAAUCAAUUUAAAUUGACAAAAUCUUCCAAUUUUCAUUCCUGUAACAAUAUGUAAAGCAUUAUGUCUCUGAAAUAUUGAGUCUCCUAGAAGUGUCUUGAAAACGUCCGCAAGUUGACUUUUUGUGUGGUGGUGGUAUAAAGUUUUAACUAUACUAUAACCGGUACGCUGCUUUAGGGCCACUGCAUGUGUUCCUCUGCCUCAAGCGCGAAAUUUGGAGAGAGAAAAAUAUACCGUAGAAUUUUAAACCACCAAGAAGUUAUCAAAUGUUUGGUUGCUAAGUAUUAAAUACUAUAAUUAGUCAACAAAUGUAAACUAUAAUAAGAGUUCCCCCCCCCAAACCCCCCUGGUUGACGUUAAUAAUCACUGAUGUGAGUAUGUUAGGGAACAUCCAUAUAUUAAGUUUUAAUAAUUUUACUAAUACUAAUACGUCCCGGUACCUGUAUUUUUGAAAAGCGGAAACUAUUAGACCCCCUUCCCAUGCUUACGUACAAGUACAAGAACUUUAAUACCCCCACCCCCCAAAAUAAAAAUUUAUUCAUAAACUAUUAUGAUGUGAAAUACAAUUAAAUUAAAUGAAGUACCGGUACCGUACACGUAAAGUAAACGUACGGUACCCGUAUUCCACUGAAUUCUAGUGUUUCCUAUCUGUGUAACCCCCCCCCCCCCCAAAAAAAAACAACAUCACACACACACAAGGGGAGGCAAUUUAUAGAUUAUGGUAAUUAAUUGUCUUACCGGUACAUGUCCUUCGAUGAAUAAAAGGACACUCAAAAUUUUCAUAACAUAAAAAAAAAUCGUGCUGUUACUGUAGUCGGCUCCUAUGGCUACGCCAGUGUUAAGUACCGUAUUUUAAAUACCGGUACUGGGGUGCCGUUGUUUUAAUUAUAAUUAUUAACUUGUAUUGAGUGAGUGUUCAGUUACAAGUUGCAGUGAAACCUACAUUGGCUGAUUGUGUGCGUGCAAGCAAGUGCAUCAAGUAUCAAGUUCAAAAUUAUGUAAAAGGAAAAUAAUACCCGGUAAAUGACAACUGCAGUCGAUUGGCGUGGUACCGUAUAGGCCUAGCUGUGGUGGUGCUUGACAUUGACAGUACAGCGUGAAAUGCCAAUAAGUAAUAUUAAUAAGCCUUCAGCUUAUUUCUUUAAAAAAAACAGAUGCAUCUCUUUUCGAAACUUGUGCUAUGAAAAAAUUGGCAACUUUUGGUUGAUUAAGUUUUUUUUUCCGAGCGCACAUGGUUAUGCUUAUACUAUACUUUUAUUUAAGUUAUUGGCAACGUAGACGUAGAUGUAAUAAGUUCCGCUGGCGCGUGUCAAACAUUCAGUUUCAGCAUCCCAGUCAAAUCGACCCGCACGAAAAACCUGGGUAUUGAGUACGGUACCCGGUACCUAUUAUAACUAAUAUUUGCGCCCGUAAAUAAACCUUACAUUUUCGGCACGUUUAUACCGUAUUUAUAAAGUUGGCUUCCGGAGUUUCGGUGGUUAACUUAGUAACAGUAACAUUUACCAUAGACGUAAAUACUGAUGGCACGCGUGUUAAGUUCAAGGAACAGACUUACAUAUAACACUGAAAAUUAAAUAAGAAGGCAUCGAUCGGGGACGGACAGAGGUAAAAACCCGGACAAAAAGCCAUAUUAAAUGGAAAAUUCGCCCGGACAGGGACCUAAAAAAGGGGGGGGGGGGGUAUUUUCGUGGAAACCCAAAUGAAUUGGUAAGGUAGGUUAACCCUAAUACAAACCCGGACAAAAAGCCAUAUUAAAUGGAAAAUUCGCCCGGACAGGGACCUAAAAAAGGGGGGGGGGGGUAUUUUCGUGGAAACCCAAAUGCAUUGGUAAGGUAGGUUAACCCUAAUACUAAUACUCCACACCGGUAUAAAAAUAUUACCCGGUACAUUUCGGCUGCGAGGGAAAGUCGGGAAAUGACAUUUUCGGCCAACAUUUAGACUACGUGACAGAGGGCGGCUUAAUUAAACAUUGAAAUUGUAGGUGCCGUUGGGGCGUGAGGUAAUAUAAUAAGGUAACGCCUUGUCUUGGCCGUACCGGUAAGCGUGUUGUUACUAUGUUAGUGAUAAAAUGUGUGUCGUGACUCCUUUAAAAAUGUGUGUCGUGUGUCCUAUAAACUUUUGUCGCGGGUCCUUGUAAAAAUGUUUGCCGUGGGUCCUCCCACUUUUUUGUUCGCCAGUGCUGCUUGUUUGCUUCGGCCCAACAAAAUGAUCAAGUCACAAAUUUCGUCACAGUUAAAAGAAACAGUAUGAGGAUCAAUACAAAACAUUGCGAUGAUUUCAUUUAAUUUAAGUUUAAGACCGUAAAAUAUAUAAAUUUAAAUAUGGCUUUCACUUUCACAUUAUUAUGGUGACAGUUGGGUUUAUUUAUUAGACUAAUUAGAGAUACCGGGUACCACAAAUCACCCCCCCCCCUUUUUUUUUUCUUCUCCACAGUGUGUACCGGUACGUAAUCAGUGGAUGGAGCCAUAACAAAAUGAAUUAGAAGUUUAAAAUCUAGUGACUCUUAGUAGUCUUAGCUCUUUAUAAUUGUUACUAUAGUUGUUAGUUAUAAUUAUUAGCAUUUUUUCACUGUACGGUACAUCAGUGGUGUCAUACUAAAAUUGGGGGGGGGGGGGCGCAGGAGGUAGCGUCUGAGUAGGACGAGGCCGCAUUAAGUACCGAUCCCGGUAUUCAACAAGCGGCUAAAAAUUCGAUUAAGUACAACUGUUACAAUUUGCUCUUAAUAAGAAAUACAGACAUUAAGUUUUAAGUAAGGGUUCUCAAGAACUAGUGUUCACUUUCUUUACUCCUUGUUAACUUGUUACCUGGUAUCGCUUCUUCUUACACAGCUGAGCAACAUUUGGCUUGAGAGGAAGCAACUGAGACCCUGAGUAUAGCCUUAAGUUUAAGUUGAAGAUGUCCAUCAGUAAGUUUGGCCUUGAACUUUUACUUGUGAAAGUUAAUAGUGAAAAGGAGAUUUUCUUACAGAUAAGUACUCCCAAAAAGGUACAUGAAAGUGGAAAUUUUAGGGAAGGUGGACGUCAAUGCUCUCAUAAAUUGUCCAUGCCUGUCUGUUUUUCCAUUCACCUCCCUGAACUUAGAAUUGCACUGAAGAUCAAUGAGCUCCAUUUUAAGCGCGAAAAGAGAGGGGGGGGGUCAACAAAAAGCUGAAAAGUGGCUGUAGGUGUUUUGAAGUCUUAAAAAAUUUGAUCAAAUUUUUCAUGUACCGGUAGCUUUACAAUGGCAUAGUAUACUUACUACCGGUACUGAAUGGUGUGCCCGAGUCCUUGAGUAAUUUUCAUGUUUGGGAAAUGGCAGAGGUUUCUCUGAGAACCAUAACACCAGAUUUUGUCAGAAUGUCCUGACAUUGUCAUAGGCAACACUGACAGUGACAAGCUUCCCAUGAUCUUGUAACGUCUUGUUGAGUACAUUAAGCUCCUGUGUAAUGUCAACAAGAAAAGGCCUGCGCGUUUGAGACCCCCUGCUGUACAUUUUCGUAUGCGCCUGCGGACCUCUGUAACCUGGAGGGAGGGGACACAUGCGGACCAGGAAAAACAAAGAGAUAAAUUAAAUUACCCGGGAUUAAAAAUCAAUGUAUCAGCCCGUUGGGCGACUUUUCCCCAUCCUGUGAAAGAAAACUUCAACUUCAACAUAAAGAGCAAUAAAGAAAAGAUUUAUUAAACAUGAACUUAACCAGCAACAUGAUGAACCUUUUUAUCCUUCAAAUUUAUACAAAUUAAAUGCAUAGGGAAAUAAAUUAUAAUUUAUAAUACCGGUACCUAAAACUUAAAAUAUGAAAUUUUAAACUCAUAUAAAUCAGCAAAAUAUCGAGCUCCAAAUCCAACAGUCAAAUCUUACGGUCUGGCAAGAGAAAGCGAAAAACAUAAUAUAAAUUAAUAAAGCAACAAGUCUGGCUUUUUUUAAUUGGCAGUUAAAAAUAUGGGGAAAUAACUCUAGAACAUAUAUUAGUACCGGUACCAUAAGUUAUAUACCGUAAUUACGGUAUAAUUUUAAUAGGCAGUCACCCCAUUUCGCGGGUAUCGCAAUUUAAUCACACUUCCGCCCCCAACUUUUUUUCUUCUUCUCCACCGCUAAUAUAGUAAUAAGGGAGAUAACUCAAUAUAUUUGGUUGCAAUUUAUCAACUUUUUAAAAAUUAAAAAUAAAGCAUGGCAGUUUGUUCUCAGGUUUACUUUUAAUUGAUCAAAUGUUUUCGAAUGUAAGUUUGUUCAAAAUUAAAUUUCUUAAAGAGAUAAUUCUAUUUUAUUGUAAUGGUUUGUUUGUUGUUUUUUUUUGUUUUUUUUUUUUGUUGUUUUUUUAUUUGGUGGUUGUUGUUUUUUUUUUUUAGGGGGGGGGGGGUGGGGGGUAGAAUUAGAAACUUUUUUUAUAAGAAAUUUAAUUAAUCCCGCCCCCCCCCCCCCACAUUAUUUAAAACCAAUUUUCCUUCAAACAAAUUUCUUUCUUUAACCGAUGUAUUCAAACGAUGCCAUUGAAAUCACAUACGGUACCGGUAUCAAUACAGUGGUUACCAUAUGAAUGUAACUUACAAGAACAGCAGAGUAAGAUUAUGAGACAAUUCAUGUUAGUGGUUAGUUUUAGGUACCGGUACGUCUGUUUAGGGAGUGGGUGUUGAUUUGGGAAAGUUUGCGCACGGAUGCGAAUAGAGCCAGAGAGGGGUCGCGGCAGAAUGUGUACGGCACCGAUAGUAGUGCAACAGUAUUUUUCCGGCUCGCCGAUUUUGUGCCACGGUAUAGCCGUGUCUUGCCACUUCCUCGGUAACUGGUACUCCUCUGGCUUCGUGUUUUGACUCCCCCCCCCCCCCCAAAAAACAAAACAAAACAACAGUUGCCGGUAUACUUAUGCCAAUUAAUAGACAGCACACGUUCUUCUUCUAGUCUAGGCAUCGAAGUACUGAGUAAUGACAAAUAUCGCACCUGCAACGGAAUUGUCAACACUCCAUCAACUUUGUGGACACGAAACUUACGGUACACGGGUGCACAUACUCAACAAAUCGCACGUUCUUAUUUGGAAAACGGCUAAGGAGAGAAACAAUAGCACACACAGACACACUGGUACCGGUACGCUGGUUUCUUACAUGUGCGAGUUCAUGUGGCGUCGACUGGAAUAAUAUUAUAUAAUAAAUAUGCUUUAUUUAACUAUCGGUACCGGUACCUUGCUGCCUUAUGCUUUUAUGCAACACCUUUCAGAAAAAGGAUUUUUCACUCUAAUGUACAAAGGGGCAGAAGCAAAGCAUAGAAAUAGAAACCAAUUGUUUAACCCCAAAGACAGUGCUAAGAAAAUAACUACAGCCGACGGACUCACAUAAGUAACGGGUAGUACCCGACCUUCGCAACCCCCCUUGAUGCCACCUCCCAUGGGCUGGAGGAAACCUGUGCUCUAGUAACUUGACUACCCAGAGAUGUUCAUGUGUCAAACAAUUAUGUGUAGUAGUAGUAGUAGUACCGGUAGUAGUAGUAGAAGUAGUAGUAGUAUUAAUUUGUAAUAUUAUUUUUUUAUGCACAAGUAAUGUUGUUGUUUUUUUAAUUUCCAAACAGCAUAGAAAGACAUAAUUUAAUUCAGUUUCAAAUAUUUUUUUAAUGAAAAUAAUUUUGUCCCGGGAUGAGGAAAAACAAAAACAAAACCCUUGGAAAUGACUGGCAUGAGAAACCAUUCUUUUCUACUUCUACUACCGGUACUCCGAACAUUCACUCUCUUCAACUUUUAGAGUGACAUCCAUGGAACCGAGCGUUAUUUUGCAGAAGUCACAUGGCUCAUGCACUUGCCCCCCUUCCUGGAUUGAUUGGAUAAAAAAUUUUAGACAAAAAUAGACCAAAAAAAAUAUUAACGUAAAGAGCAAAUCGAGAGAAAGUAACUAAGCUGAUGUCCUGUCUGUUCGUUCAACAAAUGAACUGCCCGGUAUCGAAUGACAGCGCCCUGGUCGCCAAAUGAUUUUGAUAUAAUGUACGUCUUUAAAAGUGUGUCGCCAACACUAAAAGUUUAAAAAGCACUGCUAUUAUACAUCGAUUUUCUGUGUUUGGAUAAGUGGGGGGGGGGGUGUUCCAGCUUUGUAGCGUCAUUUUUAAGUGGGCUUUAAUAAUUGUUAACAUUUAUUUUCACUUAAACCAGUGGUUCUCAACCUUUCUAAUGCCGCGACCCCUUAAACUUAAAACAGCUCGUCGUGGCGACCCCCAACCACACAAUUAUUUUCGUUGCUACUUCAUAACUGUAGAAUAUAUGUGUUUUCCGAUGGUCUUAGGCGACCCCUGGGAAAGGGUCGUUCGACCCCCCCCCCCCAAAGGGGUCGCGACCCACAGGUUGAGAACCGCUGACUUAAACCCUGUUGGUGUUUUUUUAAUCACUUUUUUUUUUGUGGGUUACCCUUUCGAAAGUGCGAUAGCCGGUAUUUAAAAAGUUUGGGACCCACAUAUCAUAACUUCAUAGUACCCAACCACACAAUUAUUUUCGUUGCUACUUCAUAACUGUAGAAUAUAUGUGUUUUCCGAUGGUCUUAGGCGACCCCUGGGAAAGGGUCGUUCGACCCCCCCCCCCAAAGGGGUCGCGACCCACAGGUUGAGAACCGCUGACUUAAACCCUGUUGGUGUUUUUUUAAUCACUUUUUUUUUUGUGGGUUACCCUUUCGAAAGUGAGAUAGCCGGUAUUUAAAAAGUUUGGGAACCACAUAUCAUAACUACAUAGUUGAUGUGCUCGUGCAAGGUUACGCAAUUAUUUGGUCAUAAAAUCAGUACCGGUAUUCAUUUUUAAUACCUACAUGAGGGACUGGUUCAAGCCAUAAGUACCUACCAGUAAAAAAACAUUGGAACAAGAUACGUUUAGGCUUGAAAAUAUAAGACAAUACCGCUACAAUUAAGUGGACGUUUCAGAACAGAACUACCGCUACAAUUAAGUGGACGUUUCAGAACAGAACUACCGGUACAAUUAAGUGGACGUUUCAGAACAGAACUACCGGUACAAUUAAGUGGACAUUUCAGAACAGAACUACCGGUACAAUUAAGUGGACGUUUCAGAACAGAACUACCGGUACAAUUAAGUGGACAUUUCAGAACAGAACUACCGCUACAAUUAAGUGGACGUUUCAGAACAGAACUACCGGUACAAUUAAGUGGACGUUUCAGAACAGAACUACCGGUACAAUUAAGUGGACGUUUCAGAACAGAACUACCGGUACACUGACUUUGUUGAGAUCUUCGAAAACAAAAUUCUUAUUUUCUCAUUUAUAUUUAUCAGUUGUUUAUUGUAGUGUAUUGUCUGAAUUGUUUGCUGAAGAAGGCAUCUAGCCCAAACAUUCUUAAUUGUCUUGCCUUUUAUUUUCAAGCUUUAACAUAUCAUUGUCCACUUCAUAAGCACCCGGUACCGGUAUUCAUUUUUUAAAUGGUUGAAAUAGGUUAUUUAUUAUGCAUUAAGUACUUAUGAUUCAAAGUUAUCUGCUGGCUAACUUCUCUAAAUAUACUCCUGUUUCUUCUUUUUUCAGGUAGCCUAUUGAAAAUGUCGGUCAUAAUUCGCUUACAGGGUUUGCCCUGGUCAGCAAGUGCAAUGAACAUUCGUCAUUUCUUCACUGGGCUAAGCAUUCCGGCUGGCGGGGUGCACAUUAUUGGAGGAGAAGGGGGUGAUGCGUUCAUUGCAUUCAGCUCUGACGAUGAUGCCAGAGUAGCCAUGAAGAAAAACUUGUGUCCACUCAACGGAACACCAGUUCAGCUGUUCCUCAGCAGCAAGUCAGAAAUGCAGAGUGUCAUUGACGCAGCCCGGUCAGGGAGCUCAUCAAAUGUUGCUACCCCAGGUUUAGGUGCUCUCCCCCAAGUGAAUGUUCCAACACAGCGACAACAAUUUCCUAACAUACCACCUGAAAACUUUCCUGUCGACAAACAAAACAGUACCAACAUGGGCAUAACUGGAAAUCAGAAUAGUGGAUUUAAUACAGAACCGUCCAAUCAGUUUGGCAAACAUGAGUGGCAAGGAUUUCAAAUGUAUGGUGGCAGAGGUGAUGAACAGAAUAACGCUAUUUCAAACCAGUUUAACUUACAGAACCAGAGACCACCUCCAAGUGAUAACAGAUUCAUGGGAUUACAAAGCACAAAUGAUGCACGUGGACAGUAUGGAAGCAUGCCACCAGCCAUGAAAGGGCCCUCGGAUGUCAAUUCUCAGUUUACAGAUAAGCCAAGCCAGUUAUCCCAAAAUAUUUUAGCCUCUAUUGGCUUGGGAGGGGGAGUACAGCAAGUCCCUGACAUGUCCAGCCAGGGGCAAAUCAAUCAAAUGAACCAAAAGUCUAAUAUGUUCAAUGAGACUUUAAUGCAAGGGAACCUUUCAGCAAAUGCUGGUGUAAACCAGGUGGAUAAUGCAUCAAUGGGGAAUGCCGCUGUCUUGGGAAGAGGUCAAGGUAGCUUUCCUGGCCAGAUGGGAAUAAACCCAAACCGAGGGUUUACGAACGCACCACCUGGCAGAUUUGUGCCUGGAAAUGAAGCCCGAACUGGCAACAUCCUUGGGCAACAUGGACACAUUAACAUCCCAGGAGUGAAUGAAAGCAUUAUGGGUAGAUCAAUUCCUAUUGGAGACCAAUCAAUUUCUGAUGCAACCAAACCAAUGGCCCCUGCAGAUAAAUUUGUCAAUCAGUUUGCAGAGGACAAGAAACCAGCUGUAGGUUUAGAUAACAGAAAUAAAGACAUGGCACAAUGGCCAGGUAACAUGCAAGACUCCAAUUUUCAAUCCAACCAGAAAUCCUUUGAAUCAGCUGGUAACAAUGAUAAUUCUCUUUUAAUGAACAGGGAAUCAUUUGCGGGUCAAGAUCCGCAUCCAUUUGAUCACUUCUCUAUGAGGGGCUCAUCGGCAGAGCGUUUGAACAGAAUGCCGGGUGGAGUGGCCACUGAUAAGCCAAUGGAACAAGGACCAAACCGUUUAAUGGAUCGAGAUAUUCCAUUUCCUGGCAGAGAUAUGAGACCCGGUAGCAGGUUUCCUGCUGAUCAAGAACAUGGAACAAGGUUUCUUGGAGAGAAGUUCCCUGACAGACCUGGUGACAGAUACAGUGAGGCUCACAGGCCUCCAAAUGAUGACUCAAUGCCCAGUACAAGGUACCCACCAGAUGAUGAGCCAGAACCUGCAGGGGUAGAAACACGGCCACCUGCAGGGCGUUUCCCUCCUGUGAGAGCAAGACCCGAUGACAGGUUCCCAUUGGAUGAACGUCAGUUUCCACCAGAUGAUGGUAGAUUUCCACAAUCUGAUGACCUUAGAAUGCCCCUGAGAGAUCAAGGAUUUCCCCAAGAUGAAAGAUUUCCAGAUGGUGACAGAAAGUUUCCCCAGAGACCUUUCCCUCUUGAUAAUCGUUUUCCAGACAAUGAGAGGCGGUUUGGUCCUGACAUGGAUGGUCAUAGAUUUCCUCCUGAAGAUGGGAGAUUUCAUAUGGAGGAUAGAAUGGGCAUGCAUCAAGAUAGACCUAGACCAGAAGGGUUUAUGGGAAGACGACCUGGUGACAACCCUUUUGCACCUGAGGAUGUGAGGUAUAGAGAACGUGAGGAAGAGUUGCGCCAUAGAGCUUCAUUUGAGAGAGGUCGAAGAGGUGCAGAUGAAAGAUUCAUUCAUGAAGGUCACACAGAUAUGCGUCCAGGUAUGAGGGAUUAUGAGGAAACAGAAGAAGGAAGGUUUUUCCCGCCAGAUCGUAGAUUUCCACCUGAGAGACCAUUUAGAGGUGGAGAUGGAGAAGAGAGAGAGUUUCGAGGUCCACGUGGACUGAUGGAUGAAAGACCUUCAAGAUGGGACCAUUUUGGAAUCGGCAGAGAAGGGGAAGAAAGUUUUCCAAGGCCAGGGGGACCACGGGCUCCUCUUCUUGAAAACCCAGACAUGCCUGGAAUUAGACGUGGUGACAGGGCACCUCUUGGUGGAUCUGAAGAGAUACCCAUGGAUAUGGAUCAGAGAGCAACAAGACCUGUGGAUGACAUGAAAGGGCCUGGAAUUGAAGGAAUGAGAGUUGGAUUUGAAGGGAGGAGACCAGGUUUUGAGGGCAGGGGUGGACCUGGAUUUGAUGGUCGAGGAGGUCCAGGUUUUGAAGGACGACCGGGUUUUGAGGGACGACCAGGUUUUGAAGGUCGUGGGGGACCAGGCUUUGAGGGUCGAAUGGGACUAGGAUUUGAAGGUCGAGGAGGGCCUGGAUUUGAAAAUAGAGGACCAGGAUUUGAAGGAGGACGUGGGGAUGUUGGAGGGCCUGGUUUUGAGGGUUUCAGAGGUCGCGGCAUGGAUGGAAUGAGAGGAAGAGGGAUUGAGGGAGCCAGGGGUCGAGGUAUGGAAGGCAGAGGUGGGCUAGGAAUGGAUGCACCUACAAGGCCUGGUUUAAAUAGUUUAAUGGAUGAUAAUAGAUUUGACUAUGGACAUGGACCUGUUGGGCGCCCAGGGCCAAUGGGCGGCAACAUAAACGAAGAUGAAUUUGGGGCAGGAGAUCAUGAUGGUCGCUUCCCAGGACCACCUGGUAGGGGAGGAAUGUUUGAAAGACGUGGUAGAGGAGAACCCUUCAUCAGAGGAAGACCAGGUCCAUUUGGAAGAGGACGGGGACUAGACAUGGAUAGGAGAUUUGAAGACGUUGGUCCUGAAAGCAGGUUCAACAUGGAUGUGGACGCCAGGAAUAUAGGUGGACGUCCAGAUGCCCCACCCGUAAGACCACUGGCAGCAGAUAAACCCCAAGAAUUAAACCUUAAACCUGGGGGUGGCAAAGGAUUAUUAGGGGAUGCUCCUCCAGCUGAGAUAAACAAAGACAAGGAUUCAAAAGUAGAGCCUGUCAAACGAGACAACAUCCAAUCUGAAGCAUCAAAGAGAGAUUACGAUCACAGAUCAAGGAGAAGCCAUGAUAAAGACAGAGAGCACAAGUCAUCGGACAGAAGGGAUAGAGAGAGAGAUGAUCGAAGAAAUGAUGACAGGGACAGGUCAAGAUACAGGUAUGAAAGAGACAGAAGAAGGUCCAGAUCAAGGGAUAGGGGCAGUCGUGAUAAGGACGGCCGCAGAAGUCGAGAUAAAUCUGGCUCAACCAGAGAUCAUGAUGGAAAAAUUGGGUCACCCAGGAGACAGGAGGCCAAAACAAGAUUUGUUCAUGUUAAAAAUUUGCCCCAGUCAAUCACAUACAAAGAUCUGAGACGGUUCUUUCAUCCCCUUGAUAUUCCUUUUGAUGGACUUAAAUUAAUCAAUGAUGACAAAGGUCAGAGAAAAGGAGAAGCAUUUGUUCAGUUCCGUAGAACUGAUGACGCUAGUAGAGCUGUGAAACGGAAUGGAGAUAAAAUGGAGGGUCAGUCUGUGAGUGUUGUGUCAUGCAUCGAAGCUGACUUCAACAAGGCGGUUGAUUCAUUUGUUCCUGGCAGAAAAGAAGGAACUGGUAAUUUAGAGAAGGGAAAAGCUGAGCCCCCAGCAGCCAAGGCACCUGAUAAUGACAAGAUACGCUACAUUGUACAGCUAAGUAAUCUCCCUCUAAGCAUAACCAAACAAGAUAUAGCACUGUUCUUCAAAGGCUUGUCAAUAGACAACAAUGGAGAAGCAAGUUACAUUGAGUUUGAUGCAACCGGGCUUGCCACAGGAAAAGGAUUUGUAGAGUUUAAGAGUGAUUAUGAUUACAAAAAGGCAUUGACACAGGAUGGCACACUGUUAGGUACUGCAUCUAUCAGAGUAUUUCCUGGAAAAAAGGAAGAUGCUGACAAUCUUAAGCUCAAACAGCAAGAAAUGUUUCAGAGAGCAGCUUUACGCAAUUUGACAGGUCUUAAAAUGCCACUGAACCAACUACAAAGUCAAAGGCCAGGCAUGGCCGGACCAAGGCCAACAACGGCACAGCCCACAGGAGCACCACAGCCCCUGAUGUCUGCACAAACUAACAGACCUUCAACACCUCAAGAAGCUACACAACAAAAUCUAGAAACAGUAUGUGUUCACAUACAGGGUUUGCCAUUGCUGGCAACCCCAAUGGACAUUAAAGAAUUCUUUUCUGAUUGUCAGAUAGCCAUGAGAGGGAUUAACAUAGCUCAUGAUGGCAGAGGUAAGCCGCUUGGUGAAGGCUUUGUCGAAUUCAAAUUUAAAUCUGACUUUGAAAAGGCUAUUAAAAAGGAUAAAACAUCAUUAGGGCGUCACAUUGUGGCUGUAAAGCCUAUAGGUAAAAAGGAAAUGUUGGAACGGCUUGAGAAUGCUAGACAAAGGGGACUUCCACCUCAACCAUCUCCACAAACCUCACAGUCUAACCAGGAGCAGAACAAACCUCAGGAGCAAGUUCAGCCAGAAAAUUCCCCCGUCAUUCAGAAGCCCAAGAAUGAUCCACAAGAAACCUCACAAAAUGGUCAAGGAAACAAGUCUUUGUUGCCUAGUUUGAGUCCAGCUACACCAAGCAGUGCCAGUGUUCCUCCAGCGGGGAACAAACCUCUGCCUCAGGGAGUCACUGUUACCCCAGGGGGCAGCAAAUCUAUUCCUCCGGGUGUGCUAAACAAAAACUGGUUUUAUGUAAGGUGUCAAAAUUUUCCACCAGACAUUUCCAUUGCAGAAAUUUUACACUUUUUUCAAGGGUUUCGUCCCAUUGGUGACUCAAUCCGACUUCACUACUCCAGUGAAGGAAAGCCAACUGGCAAUGCAGUUGUUGGAUUUGGAUCAGGGGAAGAGGCUCAGAGAGCUCUGCAGUGUCUCAACUCAAAACCUUGUAGACAGAAUGUAGUCAGUCUUCAUCCAGCAUAAUCAGGUAUUUAACUACUGGUACUGUUUUUUGUAAAUGACAUGGUGAAGAUGCUUGAAUAAAAGUUGUUUAAUAAAAAUAGUUGUGAAUAAAAGUUGUCUGGUUGGUUAACAUUAACAAAUGACCAAAGCCCUUCCACAACUCCAUUAUAUUAUUGAUUUACAUAAUAAACUUAAACCUUAUAUAUUUUUAAAUUAUUCCCGUUUUAAUAAAUGCACAUUAACUGAUUUGAAAAAUUAUAUAGCAGCUUGAUACAGAAUUAUAUGCAAAUUUUUUCUGAGGUGUGUUCAUUUUUUCUUUACACUUACCAGUAAUAACAUUUUGAGGUUUUAAUGGGUUAUGGGUAUAAAUAAACUUGUCCUUGAAUCAACUGUACUGAAUCUAAUAAAUAAACGUGUUUUUUUUUUUUAGUACUGUUAAUGAAACGCGGUGGGCUGCUCUUAAGAACAGAUAUGUCAUUUUCAAUCCUAGGCCCUUUAAUUAAUUACCGGUACCGAUACUCUUGGAAGUUAUUCAAUUAUGGCUUCAUUGUUCCUUAUUUAUUUUGCAGAAUGAAUACAGACACUUCACUAUCAUCUUAGACAGUUGGGGUGUCAACAACAAUUUGAUAUCAAUUACCAGUAAUGGAAGUUGGACAAAUCAAGCCCAAUUUUCCAAGCAGUACUUGACUGAAAUAAAAAUGAGUCUAGAAUCACAAUUUCUACUGCACUACAAGUAUCUAUUUACUAUUACCUUAUUGAAACUUGUAAGAACUGAAAAAUUGAUCUAGACUUGUACAGUGCCAAUAAUUGAUAAAUUUAGUGUAAGAUAUUGUACAGCUUUUUGUUGCCAUGCUUUCUUUUAAUGAGUUCUCUUAGUUCACUCUCCCAAUUGAUUACUUUUGCUUGUUUUAAUAAGGCUCCAAGAUUUUUAAAAAUAAUGCUGUUCUCACAAACUUGUUCAAAUAAUAGAAUUUAUAGAAAUAUUUUGCGCUCAAUGAUAUGAUUAAAUUCAUGUUAAGUUAUGUUUUAUAUGAUGGAUUUCAAAUUGGUGUACAAGUACAAGUGAAAAUUUUGCACUAAUUCACUCAAAUUGUUUUAGAAUAUAUGACCUUUGUUAUGUAUGUUACAGUAUCUGAAUAAUUCAAAUUUGAAGGGUGAAAAUAAAUAUUAUAAAUGAAAUUAUUUGUUCUUAAGGGACACAAUACUUUCCUAAGGCAUUAUCAAGUAUCUAAGAGGGAGACGUACCGGUACAUUGACAUGCAUUUUUAAAUGUUUGCCAUUUAUUAAAGCAGGUCAUUUGGUACAUUUUCAGUUUUGCAAUGAUUUUAAAAGUUAGUUAAUGUAACUAUCAGCAUUUUUUUUUAAAAAUCUUUGUCAUGCCAAUAAUGUUAUUUUAACUAAAAUUACAAUUUUUUGGUCUUGACUUUUUCUGCUUAUGGCAUUUUGUUUAAAAUAAAGUGUGAAUAAGCAAAUAAGUUAAUUUCCAUUUUGGAAAUAAUUUGCUUCUGUGUUGUUCUAUCUAUAUUCAAUAUGUGCAUUUAAUUGUUUAAUUAUUUUUUAAAAUCUUGACACGUUGUAUUGUUAAUUGUUAACAUGAUUAUGUUGAGUCAAUAAAUGAAUACAUAUUUGA